AUGACUGAAUCUAAGGAAGAUGCAGCCAACCUAUUGGCCUCUUUGAAGAUUGACGGUAAGAAAGAAGGCGAAUUACCCAAGGUGGAGAAAGCUGAGACUGAGAAAGCAACCGAUGAGAAGAAGCCCGAAGACUCUAACCUGGUGAAGUCCGAGUAUGAAGUGAAAGUUAAUUUAGCAGACCUUCAAGCAGAUCCCAAUUCGCCCUUGUACAGCGUAAAAUCGUUUGAAGAGUUGGGGUUGGCACCUGAACUAUUGAAAGGUCUGUAUGCGAUGAAAUUUCAGAAACCAUCAAAAAUCCAAGAGAGAGCAUUGCCGUUACUAUUGCAUAACCCACCAAAGAACAUGAUAGCGCAAUCGCAGUCUGGUACCGGUAAGACCGCUGCUUUUUCGCUUACGAUGUUGACCAGAGUCGAUACUACGCUUGGUGAUGUGACCCAGGCGAUCUGUCUUGCGCCAUCGAGAGAAUUAGCUAGACAAACUUUGGAAGUGAUUCAAGAGAUGGGCAAAUUUACUAAAAUCACAUCGCAAUUGAUUGUACCGGAUUCUUUUGCUAAGAACCAAGCUAUCAAAGCAAACGUUGUUGUCGGAACUCCAGGGACAGUCCUCGACUUGAUGCGGAGAAAGCUCAUUCAACUUUCGCAAGUAAAGAUCUUUGUGCUGGAUGAAGCAGACAAUAUGUUGGACAAACAAGGUUUGGGUGAUCAGUGUAUCCGUGUGAAGAAAUUUCUACCCAAGACAGCUCAACUAGUACUUUUCAGUGCAACCUUUGAUGAAAGCGUCCGUGCCUAUGCCAAAAGAGUUGUCCCUGAGGCCAACACCCUUGAACUGCAAAGAAACGAAGUCAACGUCGGUGCAAUCAAACAACUCUACAUGGAUUGUAAUGACGAAAAUCACAAAUUCGAAGUGCUAUGUGAGUUGUACGGAUUGCUCACAAUCGGUUCAUCAAUCAUCUUUGUCUCUACGAAGAAAACGGCAAAUGUGUUGUAUGCCAAAUUGAAACAAGAGGGCCAUCAAGUAUCAAUUCUACACGGUGAUUUACAAAGUCAGGAACGUGAUAGGCUAAUCGACGAUUUCCGUGAGGGCCGUUCAAAAGUGCUAAUCACCACAAAUGUUCUAGCUCGUGGUAUCGAUAUCCCAUCAGUCUCCAUGGUCGUCAACUACGACCUGCCUACACUAGCUAAUGGCCAGCCAGACCCAGCAACCUAUAUCCAUCGGAUUGGUAGAACUGGUCGGUUUGGUAGAAGAGGUGUAGCCAUCUCCUUUGUCCACGACAAAAAAUCCUACACUACUCUCUCUGCUAUACAAAAAUACUUUGGAGACAUCGAAAUGACUCGCGUACCCACAGACGACUGGGACGAAGUCGAAAAGAUAGUUAAGAAGACGUUGAAAGAGUGA